AUGUCCACCAGAGAAACCGCAAAAAAAGCGGUGGAAGGAAUUGCUGCGAAGCUUGGAUACGUUGAUUUGGCGAUCUUGGAUCGCAUUGGGAACCUGCUUCCUGAGGAGCGACGCAUAAUCGAACAGAGUCUGCGUGCGAAGGACGAGCAGAAAGGCCAUUCAAUCAAGACACUGGCAAGAAACCUCUAUAGCAGUAAUGCUCGAUUUCUCUUCGAACUGCUGCAAAAUGCAGACGAUAAUCGCUUUACCCUCGCACGGGAACACAACGAAUUACCAUUUAUUUCAUUUAACGUCUAUCCCGAUCGUAUCAUUGUAGAGUACAAUGAGGAUGGAUUCAGGAUUGAAGAUUUGUCGGCUAUCUGCUCUGUUGGGGAGAGCACCAAAGCCGCAUCUCACAGCUAUAUUGGGGCAAAGGGCAUCGGGUUCAAGUCCGUUUUCAUCGCGGCUUGGAAGGUUCAAAUCCAGUCCGGCAAUUUUUCCUUUCAUUUUAAACAUAAAAUAGGUGAUCUUGGUCUUGGAAUGGUUCUACCAGACUGGGAGGACUCUGAAUACGAAUGCCCUGAUCGCUUAACCCGAAUCACUCUUUAUCUUCACACGGAAGGAGAGCCGCACGCACUCGAGCACUUCCGCCAAACCAUUUUCCAGCAACUCGGUGAUCUUCAGCAAACUUCUUUACUUUUUUUUGCGGAACCUCAAGCAGAUAGGAAUCUUCUUCUACGAUGGCAAUGGUGGGAUGAGGCGAUCUAA